AUGGUUUUUUUUUUCCUCCUUUUCUCAGACGUUUGCACCGUGCAUCAAAUAAAAAGAAUUAUUCAACGCAGUUGUUUCGUAUAUCCGUCUCCGCCAAGAGAGGAAUAUUCGAUUCUUUUUAUUGGUGUCUGCUCUCUCUUUCGAUCAGGUUUUCCUUUUCUUUUUUUCCAUUCCAUUCUCUUCUUUUUCUUCUCUUUACAUUUUUCUCUUUACAUUUCUCGUUUUAUUUUAGCAUUCUCUCUUCUCUUUACCUUUCUCUCUUUACCUUUCUCUCUUAACCACUCUCUCUUUACCUCUCUCUCUUUAUCUUUCUCUCUUUACCUUUCUCUCUUUACCUCUCUUUACCUCUCUCUCUCUCUCUUUACAUUUCUCUUUUUACCUUUCACUCUUUACCUUUCUCUCUUUACCUCUCUCUCUUUACCUUUCUCUUUUUAUCUUUCUCUCUUUACCUUUCUCCUUUACCUCUCUCUUUUUCUUUUUAUCUUUCUUUUUACCUUUCUUUUUACCUCUCUUUUUCUCUUUACCUUUCUUUUUUACCUUUCACUCUUUACUUUCUCUUUUUUCUCUCUUUACCUUUUCUCUUUUAUCUUUUCUCUCCUUUCUCCCCUUUAUCUUUUUAUCUUUCUCUUUUUACCGCUUUCUUUACCUCUUUCUCUUUACCUCUCUUUUCUCUGUAACUUUUUUUUACUCUUUUAUCUUCCUUUCUCUUUCUUUAUCUCUCUCUCUUUACUCUCUUCUCUCUUUUUACCUUCUCUCUUUCUCUUUACUUUUUCUUUACUCUUUUACCUUUCUCUCUUUUACCACUCUCUCUUUUACCUUUCUCUUUACAUUUCUCUCUUUACCUCUCUCUCUUUAUCUUUCUCUCUUUACCUUUCUCUCUUUACCUCUCUCUCUUUACCUUUCUCUCUUUACCACUCUCUCUUUACCUUUCUCUCUUUACCUCUCUCUCUUUACCUCUCUCUCUUUACCUCUCUUUACUUUACCUCCUUUCUCUUUCUUUCUUUACCUCUUCUUUACUCUCUUUUACCUUUCUCUUUUACUCUCUCUUUCUCUUUAAUUUCUCUCUUUACAUUUCUCUCUUUACCUCUCUCUCUUUAUCUUUUUCUCUUUACCUCUCUCUCUUUUUUUUUUCUUCUUCCCCUCCUGCUCCUUCUUAUUAUUCUUAUUUACCUUCUUUUAUUCUUAUCCUCUUUCUUCUUCUUGUUUUUCUUCUCCCUUUUCUUCUUCUCGUCCUUAUUCUUCUUCUUCUUCUUCUUUUAUUCUUCUUCUUCUUCUUCUUCUUCUUCUUCUUCUUCUUCUUCUUCUUCUUCUCAUUCCCCUUCUUUUUUCUUCUUAUUCUUAUUCUCCUCCUUCGAACUUCUUUUUUCUUCUCCCCUUUCUUCUUGUUCUUGUUCUUCUCUCUUUUCUUCUACUCUCUUUUCUUCUUCUCUCUUUUCUCCUUCUGUUUCUUCUUCUUCUUCUUCUUCUUCUUCUUCUUCUUCUUCUUCUCUUUUCCUUCUUGUAUCAGUCUCAAAUGCUCCCAUUAAUUUUUCUCAUCACCCUUUCUUUCUUCCAAAUUAUUAUUAG